CGCGGCAGUCGCUGAUUUAUUUCAGGGGGGGUACAGAGUUUUGCGAGGUGACUGUACGCUCGACUCCUUCUCCGCUUACCUCCUGACCUCUUCGGCGAUCAUGCAAUUUGCAAAACCGAACCAAUUUCGUUCUACGACAUCAUAUUUAUUAUGACAACGAAAGGAACAACAGAUCACUAUCCUAGCCAAAGUGUAAACAACAAGUGGGACGCAGGCCAAGUCUUCAAUGGAACUAAUUUGGCACAUCAGUAUGUGCGUGUGAUCUGCCUGAAUCUACUCGUCGAUCUUUAAAACCCCAGUCGCAAGUGUUGCACCUGGGGUUCCACAAGCAAGUGGGGAACUUGCAGUUGGGUUAGGGUUGAGAUUAGCCACGAGUUGUUAUUGGGCCAAGUCGCGUUUGAUAUACUUGAACCCUGGGACUACUUGGUUUUCGACAGACUCAAAACGAAGUUGCUUCCCACUCUCAGCAACACAUAAUGAAGGAGAUGGCGGGCGGCCCAGAAGUCCAGGAAGUACAGGCGCUAAACCGUCGACUGGGCGAGGCCGUCAGCUUCUGCGACUCGGCCGCAGCAUUUGCCCGCGAACGGGCCGACUUGGAGAAUGACUACGCUCGUCGGCUUGGCGCUCUGGCGCAAAAAUAUGCUCAGCGGCACGACGCAGGACAUAUUUCCGCUACACCAGGAUCGAAUGCUAGCACCUUGUCGACAGAAGCAUGCUGGGCUACUCUCUUGAAGCAGACGGAAGGAAUCGCACAGUCCCACAAGGAGUAUUCGCAGACCCUGCACUCCCAGGUUAUCGAUCAACUAGUCGCAGCCGUGUCGAAAACGAACCAGGCCCGAAAGAAGCACGAAGCUUUCUUCAUGGAUCUGUGUGCUGCACGGGAUCUUACCUAUGCUGAGAAAGAUAAGGCGGAGAGCAAGUACAAGCAGCUGUGUACGUCGUUGGCGACCGUUAGGGAGAAGGCUGCCAUGACCCCGGAUGGUAAAGCUGGCGAAAAGUUGCGACGAAGACUGAAGGAGGAGAUGAUUGAUGUUGGGAAUGGCAAGAACACGUAUAUUCUGAGCGUCCUUUCCGCGAACACUGUAAAGAGUCGAUUUCACAACACGGAUGUACCAGCAUUGCUUGAGGACAUGCUCUCACUGUUGCAGCACACAUUGGGGCGGCUACAAACUUCCUGGCAAUCCGCCACUUCACUCCAACAAACACUUGCAUCCUCUGUGGAAGAGUCGGCAAAGUCCAUGAAGGAAGCCGUGGGGAAAGUCAACGUCGAGGCUGAUGCACAAGCGUAUGCAGUUUCGCGGAACAAUUUCGCUGUCGUUGCAUCAUCAGAGGCAGCAGAGUUUUCACUGGAUGCAUUAGCAGAAGAAGGGAGUCACCUCACGAAAGACGAAUCAGCCACAAUCUUCCUGGGAAACAAAUACCGGAAACUCGUGAAACGUGUGGCACAGAUUGACGAGGACAUUGAGAAAAGGGAAAAGACACUUCAAGGUCUAAAACGACUACUGGACGUUUACGAGAAGGAUCCAGCACAGGGAGACAUUGGACGCGUGCGGGAGAGCAUCCUGGAAGAGAAACGGGAAACGAUGAAGCAGCAAACUUCACGCAGCAAGUUCCAAGUCCAAAUCGAUCGAAUAUACAGCCUCCUUUCUUCCGACCUGGAGGACAUGCACCCGCACAACCUCACUGGUAAAACAUUUGUACAUCCCGUAACAUGCGACUAUUGCCACGGCACGAUAUGGGGCGUUGGGAAGCCGGGGCUGACUUGUGAUGAUUGCGGGUACCAUGCCCACCUAAAAUGCGAGCUCAAAAUCCCCGCGCUCUGUCCCGGCGUAAUGAACAAGCGCCGAACCUUCUUAGACAGCAGGCAAUCCCUCGCUAUGAGUUCCGUCGGAUCCAUCUCAAGCAUCCUCGGCUCCACGAAAUGGUACGGAGGCUCCUCCGCCUACAUACUCUACGACUACACACCCUCCGCCACCGCCUCCGAGGAACUACAAGUCGCCGAAGCAGAGAUCGUGAAAGUCGUAGAACACGACGACGGAUCCGGUUGGACGCUUGUAGAGAAGGAGGACGAGAAAGGGAAGGUUGUACAGGGGCUGGUGCCGACGAGUUAUAUGGAGUUAGCGAGUGAGGCGCCUGUCGUCGCUGUUGCUGCGGAGGGGUCGGAUGUGGAGGCGGUUGCUUCUACGGCAUCGGGCAAGCAAUUGGGGACAGAAGUGGUGGUGGCGUACGACUAUACGGCCCAAACGGAGGAAGAGAUGAGCAUCACUGAUCAGCAGGUCGUUUGGGUUGUUGAAGAAGAUGUCGAUGGGAGUGGGUGGGUGAUGGCAAGCAACGGAAUUCGCAAAGGACUGGUCCCCGCGGCGUACCUGAGGACUCCCUAGAUCUAGACGCACACAUAUAUUCAUUUUGGGCUUUCGACAUCUCCCCACCGUGACUCUAUUAACUUUUUGCGUGGUUUGUCUAGGCCAUUAUCUCCGUCAUGGCAUCGUAGGUUCAUGAAGUGUAGCAGUUCAGCGCUCUAUAUCAUCUUCACCGGCUAGAGUUCUCUAUAUCUAAACAAUUACUACAUAUACACACAUGGCACAUACAGUACAAUCAACAGGUCAUACGCCAGGGUUAUCUCACACUGCGCAAAGAAGCAGCCGCACGUCUACAGAACCCCCCUCACACAAUCCUCCACAUCCCGCACCUCCUUCGGCGCCCCGCCACUCAACACCACAGCCGCC